AUGGGAGCCAAUCUGACGUCGCCGUUGCCUCAUCGGCCGCCGACAUCGGUUCGUUUCAUUUCAUUUUCCCUGGGUUCCUCUUCCUCAAUUGUUCUUUGAAACGUUCCUCAAGGGGUUCUUGAGAAGAAGAAGGGCAGGAGAUGAUGUGCUUCGAAAGCUUCUGGGGGCUACAGGGGAGAUUUCGCCGGGGAAAUUUAAAAAAUGUCUGAUCAGAGAUCUUCGAAAUCAUUUCAUGUGAUCAAAAAACAGGGUAUAGCCUGUGUAUUUCGCCAAACGACAUUCCGCUGUGACGCUGCGCGCCUUUGCGAACCUUGGUCGCGCUUUUAAUUUUUUUUUUUCUUUUAUUAAGGUACUUCACUUUCAUGUGCUCCCACAGCAAUAACAAUCAAUUGAAAGACGCUCUGCGAACGCAUGCAGCGGAACAGCGGAACGUCGUUCGGUGAAAUUUCAAGUCGUGGCACACAGACUAUAAAUCGAAUGAAUAGCCAAGACUACUCUUUAAAAAUCUUUUAAAAUUAAUUUUCAUAAACAGAGCCUUUGAAUACGGAAUACUGAAACCGGCAAAAGGUGGAAAGGGAAACUGAUAAGCACCCAAAAAUGACAAUUUUCUCUUCGUCAACUUCAGAAAAAGCCUAAAAUACUUCAGAAGCUCCCAAAAUUCACAGAUUUCAAUCUUUUCAAAACCUCUCCCAAUUCUUGGAGCCUGUCGAAUUGACCUCUCAUCCGCAUGAAAAUUAAUCGAGAGAAGUCCAAAAAAAGCUUGAUAUAAUCCCACGAAAAUACGCCCACCUUAAUGAAAUUCGAGCUCAUCUCAUUCUAAUCUUCAAUAACUUUGAUUAAGACCACGCAAAAAGGGCAAAAGCCUCGAAAAUUAUGAAAAACAGCUCCUGAUUCAAAAAAAAUUCAUUUCUCAGAAAAUUUCAUUAUAGGGAGAUUCGCAAAAGAGGUGAAAAACUUGAAGCUUGGUAGGUUUUCCAAAAUGUACUAGAAAUAUUUAAUAACCGGCUGAAAAUAUUUGAAUUACCAAGAAGCUUAUCAUAGAACAGAGUCUCUACAGAACCUUCAAAAAAAUCAGUUUAACGAGAAUAAAAAGUCCAUAAAAGUGCACAAUACCACAGAAAUGACAGAAAUGAUGGUCUAUUUUUAGAGGCUUUCCUGGGAAAACAAAACCAAAGAAAGAUUCAGAAAAAGUCCUUUUUGGUAUUAUAAAGCGAUUUCUUUUUCUCAAAUUUUCUCAAGCUCAUGCGGUCAAUUCGUGCAAAGGGAAGUCUUCUGGAAUUUUCAAGAAACCAAUAUUUCUUCCGGUAACUUCCAAGGUCUAUUCAUAUCGGUAGACAGUCAAAAACUACGUAUCAGGACUUACAAAACACUUCAAAAGGUCCUAAGAAGCUCAAAAAAGCUUUUAAGAAAGUUUUCUGCAUUCUAAUGGUGAUUGAGAGAGAAAGGAAAAAAAUUUCCAUGAGAAAUUGAAAAACUUAAAAUAUUCUGGAACUUUCGGGAAACUUCCAAAAAUUGAAAUUUCUUCCGGGGACCUCCAAAGCCUAUUAUUAUCGGCAGACAAUCAAGAACCCCUUAUUCCAAGUUUUCAUUUAACAAAUUCUAAAAACUCAAAAAAGUUUUCAAAAAACUUAAAUAUUGAUUUCAAGAGAGAAAAACAUGGAUUUUGAAAAUGUAGUGAUUCAAGAGUUCAAAAAAACGGUCAAAACACCAAGAAUCAAUAGAAAGGUGCUCUCCUCUCUAAUCACUCUGAUUUCUCUGAACUCUACUGGAAUUAAUAGCCAUUAAUAGUGAAUUUCCUAGAAAGUACAACGCGUCCAUGGCAACGGCUAAGACUACAAAUUACCAGGAAAAAGGGGAAAGAAGGAGUUUUGUAGUUCUUUCAGGUGUGCAAUCAUUUGUUCUCGCCGCCGGACGCGCCAAUCUUCGCCCAAAAAAGAGAGUCCGUGUUGAUGCAAGGAUGGAACUGGAGUAAGAAGAACAUCCAGCCGGUCGUCAUGAAGAGAACCUUCGGCGGCAAGACUCCUGGUUCGUUUUUUUGUGUUUUUAAAAUUUUUUUCCAAAAAUUAUUACCUUAAAAGCUCGAAAAAUCUUCUCAACUUACAGUACUCCAGUACAAAAGCAACUUUGGUAUUAAUAUUUUGGCAAUUUUAAAAAUUGAAGGUAGAGUGAUUUUUAAAAUUGAAGUGACCACUAUUUUUUGCAUUCUUCUAACUCCAUCCGACCAAAAAAUUCGCAGUUGAAAAUUUUUCUAGAACUCACUGAACGAUUCAUAAAAAACGAUCGUUUCAUGAUUACCGGAAAAGUUCGUGAAAACCGUGCCGCAACUUGCAUAUCUUAUUCCGCGCCCAUUUUUCUAAAAGUCAAUAAUUUCAAGGAGUUUUAAAAAUCAAUCUGUCCAAGCAAAGUCCACCUGUUCACGCUUCCCAUAAUCAUGUUACUCUUGCAAAUCACUAGCCACGCCCACAAAAGUGCGCCUCGAUCUUGCCAUGAUUUAUUUUAAUAUCAUUUAAAUCUAUGUACUUUCCCUUUCCUCAAAAUAAACCGGAGAAACUUCUAUUAUAAACUACCAUGCCUCACUUGCAAAAAACUAGCCACGCCCACAAAUCUGUGCCUCGAUCUUGUCAUGAAUUAUUCAUGUACCAUUUGAAUCUACGUUCUUUCCCUUCCCUCCAACUUAUUUCAAAACGCUUCCAAAAUAAACUACCACGCCUCAGUUGCAAAAACCACUAGCCACGCCCACAAAACCGUGCGCCAAAGGUUCCAAACUUUUUCCUAGAGUUUUCACAAAAAUUUCCUAGCCUGACCUAACUAAGUUUCAACUUUAAAUAGACCUUCGACUAAAAAACAAUGAAAAAAAAAAUUCAGACCAGAAGAUGUCAUCGCGCUCGACGGACAGCAUAACCUCGUUCGCUUCACAGCCGCCAGUCGCCACGGCGAUCACGACGGCGUCUCGGAACGAUCUACCGUACUCCAAGUUGUCCGUCUCCGUCGACAGCAACCAGAACUACAAAAAGUUUGUUUUUCAAGCUGCAGCUACAAAAAAGGCUUCCGGGGAAGGUGUUGGUAAGGUAACAAGCAGGAAGAUGAAGAAUAAAUUAAAGCUAGAAAUUCUUGUGGCUUUUGUAAGGUGUUCAAAAUGUGGUUGAAAGGUGAAACAUUGAAAAUUACGGACAGCCUGCCGGAAGCCUGCCAGAAGCCUGCCGGCAAGCUUCCAGCAGGUUCCUGGCAGGUAAGUAAAAGGUGUAGGGAAGCUGUUUGAAAGACUUUUGACCACCACCUGCUAGACACAUUCCAAACGCCUUCUGGGAACAGAAACUUUUCAGGAUUUGCCUGAACUGGUAAACUAGGUACUCUUAAGUUCAUUUUUUCAAGCCCUUCUGAUAGGAAAAAGCUCUACACAGAGUGCAGAAAGUCCAGACAUUGGAAUUUGAAGAAACUUGGUAUAUAGGUACUUUCGGACAUCCUGAAUCCAAGGAAGUGGAAAAAAAUGCGCCUUUUUUGGUUCUAGUCGAGUUAUGGCGUCUGGUCAGAAAGUAUUCAACUUGAAAAAGUUUGAAAAGGUUCAGGACAAGCAUCUUAAAAUCGAGAAUCAUUCCUAGAAAUUUUUUGAAAAAUCUUCAAAGCUUUGGGAAUUUUUUUUGAAGUCUAUUUGAAACUACAAAAAUAAAGAGAAUCAAAAAAAUAAUACUUCAUAAAAAAACUUCAGAAGCGAUUUUUGAACUAAAACGGAAAAAUUAAACGCUAAAUAAACAAGAAACAGCGCUUGGGCUAUAUUUAUGGAUUUGGCAAUUUUCGGGCAACAAAACUUUCUGCAAAAAAAGAGCGAAAUCCAAUUUUCUCUGCUUUUUUUCUGGGCUCCUUCGUGGUUUUGCUCUUUAGCGGUAUCAGAAAAGUCGAUGUUCCCCUUGUUUUUAACCUUUUCCUCAUCUUUUACUGGCUCUAUACGUAGUGUUCGCGCUUGGAAUGGCUUAAGCGACGCGGUUGCGAUGUGGUUUAACAAAAUUGCACAGCAGAAUUCAAUAGAGACGUCUUUUACAAUGCUUUCCGAUGCUAUAGCGCGCAAGUCGUUCAAGGUCGGGCACAAGUUUCAAAAAACCGCUUGGAUCUGUCACGCCUAGAGCCAUUCCACGUGCGACCUCAUCCCUUUUGAUCGGUGCAUUUGGGGAUCUCUUGUAUCAUACGAAACACCCAAGUUACCUGCCGCAAAAAUACCUAUUCAAAGCCUCAAAUUACAGGUACGAGCCCGACACUACAGUAAUCCCCAACUACUACAGUAUUCGGGAAGACUUGCGACGUGAGCUGCGGUUGAACAAGCAAGAUUUCGUCAAUAACAAUCUGAUCAGCCCGGAUCAGCCUCAAGCCAAGACGCCGUUGAGCCCGACUCAUCACAGGUUUUUUUUUCAUUUGAAAAUUAAAUUAGAGGUAUAAAAUAAAGAAGAUGGUCAUGAAUUCCAAACAUGACCCUCAUUUUUAGCUUUUUGUGUCUUGAAAACUAGAAAAGUUGACGUUCGCAUCUUGAAAUCUAGUAAAGAAAAGCUUCAUUCGGAACGAUAUUGAACAGUCUGAUGUGUCUGCGCUCUCUUUUCCCUAACGGACCAAGUUUUCAACAAAAUUUAGAAAAAAUUCCCAUUUUCGAAAAAUAUUUCAUUCAUGGUUAUCUUAUUGAAUUUUUGGAAAAUUUAAUUUUCAGCUCUAAAAAAAAGUUCAAAAAUUGAUACUCAUGACCCUUUUAAUAAUUUUUCAUAAACAACGAGCAUUUUUUCUAGAAACCUAACCGCCCACUUUCCCACCACAGUCGCCACGACGAAAGAGUUCAUCCCGACAGAAACUGAAGCGUCUAUUCAUGAGGUACAAGUCUUCCAUUUUUCUACUCAAAGAAUAAUUUUUUUGUACGCAUCGUACACUGUAAUGACCGCAGAGCGUUGUUUCAAACCGUGUAAAAUCCAUAAAACGACUCAAAAUUUACAGUCAGCCCGCCGACGGACGGUCAUCCAAGCCUCAACGUCCGAGCUUCUUCGCGGCCUGGGCAGCUUCAUCGCCCGCUCUUGUAGCGUUCCCAACUUUGAGCCGGCCCAUCUUGUCAUGUGGCUUCGGUCUGUCGAUAGAGCGCUCUUGCUGCAGGUUGGCGCUUCUAAAAGUACUCACCGUAAUUUAUAUUUUCUCAAAGUUCCAUCUUUUCUUUCACCUCCAGCCUUAUUUUCUAACAUUAUCGAUUCAAUUUCGUUUAUACCGAAUCCACCGGAACCAUUUGAACCCUUGCCAUAAUUAUUAAUGAUCCAAACUUGCUAAUAUCCACCUCAGGAGGGGAUUCAUCACUUCUAUUUUUUGAGAAUAUAUUUUACACAUCUAUAGCCAAUCCAACCCGACUUGAAAGCCGAGAUGGGCGGCUUGGCAAGAGUGACGCGUUGCGUAUGCGACGCGGCUUUUUUGGCGGGAAAUUUAAGGUCGAAUGGGUGGCUCUAAUUUUUUGAAUUUUUUUUUUUGAUAGUUUUCCGAUAAUUUUUGAUUUUUUAUAUCGAGAGAAUUGCGUUGUAGAAAAUUUUUUUUCACAUUUAAUUGGAAAGUUGCAUUUUAACUCUGGUUUCCCGCCAAAAAAGCCGAGUCGCGUACGCAACGCGUUCUAUUGACCAAUCUACCCAUUUACCAUUAAAAAUCAAAAAAAGGCCUAUACUCCUUGUGUAAAGUACCGCUCAAAACUACUCAAGUGAAUAAUUUUACAAGAUUUUUGAACUUAUCGAACAUUCAAGAUCUCAUUAUUUACAGGGCUGGCAAGACAUCGCCUUCAUCAACCCGGCCAACCUAGUAUUCGUCUUCAUGAUCGUCCGUGACCUUCUUCCAGGUUAGUACUAACUUUCUGAGCACCCUAAUGAGUUGAGCUGGAGAGAAUAAUACUUUCGGGGAUUUUUGAUAGAAGAGCUAAAAGCAUUUCUCUAGCUUAUACUUCUGACAUUUUAAUGAAUCCCUUCAUUGCAGACGAAGAAAACGCGAUACUUUCCCUCGAAGACCUACACGCUUGGGUGAUGACGUGUUUAUACGUUUCAUAUUCCUAUAUGGGCAAUGAGAUCUCCUAUCCUCUAAAGCCAUUUUUAGUCGAAUCGGUGAGAAAUUACACUGGCCUCGAGAAAAAAAGGAAAAGGAAGAUUUAAAGUUUUUGAUACGUUAAUAACUUGAAGAUUGUUUUUAAAAUAAAAUGAAAGUUCAUUUUCUUGAAGAAAAAAUCAAUUUUAGAUGUUAACUCUGUGAAAAACUCAUAGCUACUGGUUGUACUCGAUGAAUUAUACCGAGUUGAAUUUUUUAAAGGCGCACGGGGACCUUUUGAAACAGUAAAAUCAUUCUAAAUGUAUUUAGAAAGAAUUUACCUCUUCAAGAUCUUCUGUUUACUUCCUAAAUCGGUUAUAAACGCACUAUGUCUUAGAAACGUCUCAAAAAAAAAAAUUUUGAAACUCACCAAGUGACAAGGCCUCUAUUGAAAUUUAAACCCAACGUAAACACUCUAAUUUCAGUUCAAAAUUAAUUUUUCAGGACCGCGACGCGUUCUGGUCGCGCUGCGUUAGCAUGGUGACGUCACACAGUGAGCAAAUGCUUCGACUGAACUCCUCGUCGACGUUUUUCACUGAGGUCUUCACCGACCUCAAGCGCCACGCCGCGAUAACUGAUUAG